AUGGGUCAGAUGCAGUCUGCACUCCUGGGAGUCAGCACCCAGUUCUGUGAGUGUCACAGAUCCAUGGGGAUCCUAAUCCUCCCAACCUCGGGCCAAAAAGAACUGGGCGGGGGGUGGGGGAUAAAAAGGUGGGGUUACCUAAGAGGAGAGACUCGCUGUGUGCCCCCUCCCACUGAAGGCGCCCCCUCCCUCUCUGGUUGUGGAGGUCUUCGGGUUAUUCCCCGAAAUUCUAUCUUAUCCGAAGGGCCCUGGGAGGCUAGGGGCAGGGACAGCUGCAUUUCUCGCAGCGGGCCACUAGGAAGCUUGCCGGCGCCUCGCAUUCUCCUCCUUCUCCCGCCCCAGUCGGAGCCAGAGCCGGAGCAGGAGCCCGGGAUUGCACCGCGUUCCCCAGCGCCGCGUCCCAGCACCGCCACCCCAUCCCGCCCGUGGCUUUCCAGUGCCACGAGAGGAGGGACUCUCACUCCAUGUAGGAGACAGGAAGGAGAGUGGAGGAGCGCCCCUCGCCUGUCUUGGGGCUCAGCUCAGGUGUCACCUGCUCCAGGAAACCUUCACGGAUUCUCUCUGGGUGGAAAACAUUAUCAGGUUCGGGUUAAACAUGUCACAACAUUCAGGCUGACAGUCAAGGCAUCACUGGAUAAUCCUACCUCUCCCAUCACCUCAUCCUCAGAACUGGAUGACGCCAAACACCCAGGACAACUCCCUGAGGGCCACUUCACAGCAUGACCACUUAGCCUCCUGACUGGGAGGCCCCGCCACCCCCCCCUGCCCUGUUCCCACCUCCCCACCCCAGGUGGUGAGGGAGUGAAAUUUCAGAGCAGUGGGGGGUGGCAGCAGUGGAGGUGGG